AUGCAGCGCAUGGGUGUUGAAGAACCACGAAAGACGCUUACUGAGUUACUGCCGGGAUACUCUUUGCAGCAUGACCUGGAUCAUGAUAAUGGUACACGAGCUGAAACACAUGCCAAAAAUGAAGCCCGGUAUAUGAACACUUUAAAAACAGAUCUAAUCGUGGGCCGGAUCCUGCGGUUCUCACCUGAAGCACUAGCCACCCUGGAAAGUCGGGCGGUUGAUCUAAAUGAAGGCAGCGAUGCUUGA